AAAUAAAGUAGUGAAUUUCGACAUGGGACAUAAAGCUAGUAAAUAUGUUGGAAAAGAUGAAGGGGAGGAGAUACAAGAAGAAAGGGUGAAAAGGAAGGAAAAGGGAGAAAAGAAAAGGAGGAAGGAAGAUACAAGGCAAAGAAAAGGCAAUAUCCUGACAAGGAGCUUAGUUCGUUUACGCCAUGCACUCUCUACUCCCAAUCUGGCACCAUCCUCAACUAAUGGCAAUUCGAGCCCUGAACCCAGCCCAGCAAAUUCAAGCCCAGAACUUGAAAGAGCCAACUCAUGUUCUGAAAUCAGCAGAGCAAAUCCAAGGCCUGAAACCAGCAGAGCCUAUUUGAAUUCCAAACCCAACAUAAUCAUUUUGGACUCUGAACCCAGCACAGCCAAUUCGAGCCCUGAAACCAGCAGAGCCCAUCUGGAUUCUGAACCCAACAUAACCAUUUUGGACUCUGAACCCAGCACAGCCAAUUCGAGUCCAGGACCUAGAAGACACAAUUCAAGCCCUGAAACCAGCAAAGCCCAUCUGGUUUCUAAUCCCAGCAUAACCAUUCUGAGCCCUGAACCAAGCACAGCCAAUCCUAGUCUCAUCACAGCCCAUCUUAUCCCUGAACCUAGCACAAUCAAUCAAUGCCAGUUUGAAGAGAAUGAAGGGUUCAAUUUAUCAGCCUCACCCCCAUCUGUAGGCAAUGUGAGCCCUCCACCUACCAUGACCAAUCUAAUCUUUGAGCCUACAGUUGGCAAUCUGAGUCCUAAACCUACCACAGCUGUUCUAAGCCCUACCCUAACUACAGUUAAUUUAAGUCCUACAAUUACCACAGUCAAUUCAAGUCCUACAAUUACCACAGUCAGUUCAAGCCCUACAAUUACCACAGUCAAUUCAAGCCCUCUACCCACUAUAGCCAGUCUGAACCCUGGACCAAUUGCAACCCGACCAAGACUUAGACCAUUGGUAAAGAUUGGAGGAAGAUUAGACUCAGCCAGUCCUAUAUCUAGACCUAUCAGAGCUAAACCAAUCCCAAAAUACAUUACAACUAAUCUACCCCCAAGACCUACCACAGCUAAACUAAGCACUAAAUACACCACAAGCAAUCCAAUCCGUAAACCUGCUACAGCCAAUCUGAGCAUUAGACAAUGGGUCAUGAUUGGAGGGAUCAAAAUAUCAGUUGUGGAAGGACAACUCAUUGAUGAACAGGUUGAUGUGUAUGUGAAUGGAGUGCCCUCUAGCUUUGACCUGAGUAAAAUUCCUAGUAAGAAAUUAAGUGAUGCUGCGGGACCAGCUUUGGAAGCUGACUGCAAGAAGAGAUUUCCUAAUGGCCUAAAAAUAGGAGACAUUGCAGACACAGGGGGCUUUAAUUCCAAGUGCCAGAGAGUGUAUCAUGUGACCCUUCCCAGAAGUCAACAGGAUGGCAGUCAGAACAAGAUUUUAACACAAUCAGUAAAGGACUGCCUUGAGAGGGCCAAUAAAAACAGCUUCAGUUCCAUUGCUGUACCAGAUCUGGGGUCCCCCAUUGGGUACCCUCACAGUAUCCUGGCAGACCUGAUGUUCACCGCGGUGGAGGAGUUCAGUAAAGGGAAAUCCAACCCCAAUCUCAGCCUAGUGGUGUUCUCCAUCUUCAAAAAUCAAGUUUAUACGGCAUUUGUUAACAAAGCAAAGGAAAUAUCCAGACAAAAAUCAGUAGUUGUUUCACAGAAGAAGAAAUUUAAAUUUGGAAGGGUAGAGGUCUGGUUGGAGGUUGGAGAUAUAACACAACAACAUGUUGAUGUAAUUGUUUGUAGUGGACCAAAAGAUCUGAAACUGAAAAAUAAAGGAAUGGCAGAGACCAUGCUGAUGGCUGCAGGGCCUAAACUUCAGAAAGACUGUGAUGAUAAAUAUCCAAAUGGAAUCAAGCAUGGAGAUAUUGCCAUCACCGGUGGCCAUGAUUUGCAUUGUAGAUUUGUGUAUAUUGGGGCUCUCCCUAAAUGGGGCACAUCUACUAAAGCAAAUCAGAUCUUGAAAGACUUAGUCAUCAACUGUCUAGAUGAGGCCAAUAAACAUCCCAUGACAAAGACCCUUGCUUUCCCCACCCUGGGGACUGGGUCUCUGGAGUACCCCCCUGAUGAAGUGGCAGAAGUCAUGGCAGAGUGCAUUAAAGACUUUAACAAAAAAUAUCCCAAAACUGAACUCACCAGAAUCACCAUUGUAGCUUACAGUAUGGACCAAAAAUUGCAAACUGUUCAACAGGCAUUUCUGUCUUCUCUACAAACUCCAACACCCAGUCUCACUGCAGCUUCAAAAGGACCUGCAGUAACAUCAGGAACAGUUGUAACACAUAAGAUUACCUUCAAGUUAGGAAGAAUAGAUGUCUGGUUGAAGGUUGGAAAUUUAACAGAACAACAGGUUGAUGUUAUUGUUUGUAGUGGACCAAAAGAUCUGAAGCUAAAAAAUAAAGGAAUGGCAGAGACCAUGCUGAUGGCUGCGGGGCCUGGACUUCAGAAAGACUGUGAUGAUAAAUAUCCAAAUGGAAUCCAGUAUGGAGAUAUUGCCAUCACUGGUGGCCAUAAGUUGCAAUGUCAAUUUGUGUACCAUGGGGCUCUCCCCAAGUGGGGCACGUCUGGUACAUCUACACCAAAACAGAUCUUGAAAGACUUUGUCACCAACUGUCUAGAGGAGGCCAAUAAACAUCCCAUGACGAAGACUCUUGCUUUCCCCACCCUGGGGACUGGGUCUCUUGAGUACCCUCCCGAUGAAGUGGCUGAGGUCAUGGCAGAGUGCAUUGAAGACUUUAACAAAAAAUAUCCCAAAACUGAACUCACCAGAAUCACCAUUGUAGCUUACAACCUGGACAAGAAAUGGCAAACUGUUCAACAGGCAUUUCGUUCUUCUCUACAAAUAACCACACCCACAAGACCUGUAUCUUCAAAAACAGCUUCCAGCUCAAAACCAUUGAAUUCUAAACAGUAUUUCGAAGAUCUCUAUCAUAAAAAACCAAUGCCUCCCUCCUACUGGACAAAAUACACAUCAAGUAAAACCCUUGCUGAUUGGAACACCACUGUAUCACAAAAAGCACAUGAACAAGUGGAUUUAAAUCCCAGCAACCCUAUAUACAAAGCUAUAAAAAAAUUGGCUUUGACAACAUGGAAAUCACAAUAUGUAGGACAAGGAGUAGACUCUUUUGGUUUAGCUGGGUUAAAUUACACCAAUAUUAGGAUAACUGGAAUAAAACGAUUGGAAAAUCCACAUCUUUUUGAGGAAUAUUGGAAGUACAGAGAGAAACUUUUUUUAAGAGCAUCCCAAAAAGGUGUGUUGAAGCCACUUCCGCAAAUUUCACAAGCCAUCAAUGGUGAAGUGUUGACGACAAAGAUGGCUGAUCCUUCACUGAAGAUGGAGAUAUAUCCUGGUAUUAAUGAGCAUUACCUCUUUCAUGGGACAGAGAAAAAAUAUGUUCAAAACAUCCUGACCCAGGGACUGGAUGGAAGGCUUGCCAAUAGUCCUUUCUUUGGGAAAGGUGUGUACUGUGCAGAAAGUUCCACCAAGUCAGAUCAGUAUGCAGAUCCAAUACAUAACAGGGAUUUACAGGAGAAACAGAUGUUGUUAGUGAGAGCUUGUCUGGGGGAGAUAUUUGUCAGGACUGACACAACGACUAAGCACAGCUACACUCGACCACCCUGCCAGCGCUGCUACAAGGACAGGUGCACUGAUGUUACCCAUAGUUCCCUAUUUUUCGACUCUAUUGUUGUGGAUGGUGGCUGGAAUUUCAGAGAAUUUAUUUUGUAUGAUAACAAAGCUUGCUAUCCUGAAUAUCUGAUCUCAUACAGAAUUUAGAUCCUUGAUCAGUGUAUAAUUGAACUCAGAUAUUAUAUAUUUCAAUAUUAUAUUCAAAAAACAAUAAUGCUGGGGCCAACAAUAAAACAAGAUGUGUUUGAUGCCCCAAUAUAGAAAGAAUGGCAAAGGUUAUACACUUUCUCAAAUGCAAAUCAAAUAUGUUGGUUUUCAAAGUGAAGCCUACUCUGACACAAGAAAUAAUUGUGAAAAAAAUAUGAAAGCCCUAGCACCACCUGUUCAAAAGUUAUGGCCAAGGAUAAAGUAUUUUGAAAAGUAGGUCAAACUCCUAGGUCAAAUUCAAAGGGUCAAAGUUGUUGGUUUCUAAAGAAAGGUCUGGUUAGAAGGAUUACAUAUGUAAAGUAUGAAAGCCUUAAC